AAUUUUAUUUUCUCGUACCAUCUGCUCCAUCUGCUCUAAAUAAUUUGGGUUCCUGUCACGCGGUGGGCAGUGGUGGGCAAGGGUGAACUUCUCCCGAGAGUUAGAAUUAUCAGUGAAGAUUUGAGAUUAUAAAAAAAAUGAGCGAAGAAAAAAUCUUGGAUUUUAAAACCCUGGAUGUCGACAUCCAGGAGUUGAUAACGGAGAGUGUCGCAGCUCGAGAAAUGGCUUACGCUCCUUACAGUAAAUUUAAAGUUGGAGCCGCUCUUCGUUGUGAGGAUGGCUCGAUAUCAACAGGCUGUAAUGUCGAAAAUGCUGCCUAUCCAAUUAGCAUUUGUGCAGAACGAGUUGCAAUAAGCAAAGCCGUUUCCGAAGGAAAAAGAAAGUUCUCGGCGAUAUCCGUUGCAGCCGAGCCCGCACAUGGAUCGAAUUACACAUCGCCAUGUGGCAUGUGUAGACAAAUGAUUGCCGAAUUUGGAGACAUCCCAGUUUUCCUAACACGUCCUGAUAUGACGAAAAUCCAGACAACUUCCUUACGAGAAAUUCUACCAUUCUCCUUCGCCUUGAAAACCCCGGAAAAUGGUGUACAAUCUUAAUCUAAAUCAACAUUUUCUUUUACUAAGAAAAAAUGCUUCUAGAAAAAAUGUUUCUAGAACAAAUGAUUCUAGAACAAAUGUUUCUAGACAAAAUGUUUCUAGAAUAAAUGCUUCUAGCCAAAUUUAUUAGAUUGUAACAGAUAUUUUAGAAAAAUUUGACAGGGGUAUUUUAACAAUAAGAAAAGAUAAUUUUAACAAUAUUCCCCUUUUUACAUUUGCAUUCGACAACUUUAAAUGUUUCUAGAACAAAUGUUUCUAGAACAAAUGAUUCUAGAACAAAUGUUUCUAGAAAAAAUGUUUCUAGAAUAAAUGCUUCUAGCCAAAUUUAUUAGAUUGUAACAGAUAGUUUAGAAAAAUUUGACAGGGGUAUUUUAACAAUAAGAAAAAAUAAUUUUAACAAUAUUCCCCUUUUUACAUUUGCAUUCGACAACUUUAAAUGUUUCUAGAACAAAUGUUUCUAGAACAAAUGUUUCUAGAACAAAUGAUUCUAGAACAAAUGUUUCUAGAAAAAAUGUUUCUAGAAUAAAUGCUUCUAG